GCGAUGUGGCCGGACGUGCCCCCUCUCGUGACAUCAUGGUGGCAUACUGGCGACAAGCUGGACUCAGCUACAUCCGAUACUCCCAGAUCUGUACAAAAGCAGUGAGGGAUGCAUUGAAGACAGGAUUCAAAGCAAAUGCCGAGAAGACUUCUGGCAGCAGCAUAAAAAUUGUGAAAGUACACAUAAAUAUUUAUACCAUUAUAAUGGUUUUUAGUAGCUCUCAUAGAGCCUUUGGCUUUAGUCUGCUGUAUCAAAUGAACUAUGUCAUCUGCGAAUUAGCAGUUCUUUGCUGGGCGUGCCUACAUUUUAAAUUUGUAUUGGGAUAG